UCCACUAGUAGUGGUGGUAGUGCCAGUGCCGACUGCCGCCACAGAGCCAGAGUGGGCUGAGCUGAGUCUGAGUGGAGUGCAUGCAUAGUGUGUUAGAAGAUGGCGGACUGUGCGUUAGUUGACGGGUUGCCUGUAUGUAAAAAUUUAGUUGUAAAUGAAAACGACGUUUUAUUAGGAAGUGCGAGUGAGGACAGCAAUAAUACAGAAGAUAGUGUUAAGUCUACGUAUUUUGUUUGUGAGAGUGACGCCUUGUGUUCAAAAUUCCAGUUAAAUGGCGUGCAGUUGAGAAGCUGCCCCGGAAUGGAUGGCCGUGUGAUGGGUUCAGACACCGAGGAAUUUUCGUCCUCACUGAAAUCGAUACACGAUGAAAAUGGUCAUAAUUGCAGAAAGAAACGUUGUGUAGAUCGCUACGACAGUUCAGAAAGCUCAGACAGUGGAGUAGCAACCCUCAGUUGCACAGACUGCAGUGGCAGCUCCAGUGGGACCAGUGACAUCACAGAGCCUGGGUCUCCCUACAGCACAGUUUCCUCUGCCGAGAGUGAUCCUGAGUCCCCUGGCAAGAUGCCUCCUACACAGUCCACCGAGACUGCUACAGCCCACUGGCCCUGCGCCUGGGUUGACCCUCACUCGCCUAGAUACUUCCAGGGCAAGAUCACUGAGUACUUUCCGGCUCAGCACAAGAAAAGCAGCUGUGAUGCUAAUAAACUGGCUGUGCACCUCUCAGGGACCGUCGUGCCUGUCGCCCGGUUACCCUUCGUCUUCCAGUCCGACAAACCGGCGGAACCCUCCUCACCAGUUACCUCGUUGUUUCGCAAACCCAGCUCUCCACAAGUCCAAGACAGUGUCAGUGUCAGUGAUAGUGUUUUACCUAAACCAAACACUUGUUCUACACCCGCCUCCUCUCCCGCCGACUCGCCUUUGUCCAUCAGCACGGGUGAGACGUGUUCGGACAAACCCUCGUUGCCUUCUCCUAUACUAAGGACUCCGAGUAUCAUUCGGUUCCCAGCCAGGAACGGGUGGAAAGGACAUAUGUGUUCUGACGUCAUCUGUAGGUGGACGGAUUGUACAGAAUCUUUCAGCACCACCUCCGCACUCUUGGAACACCUUCAGGCCAAGCACGUGUUGACACAAACCCUCUGUGUGUCGUUCAAGUGUCUGUGGAGCGGGUGCAAGGUGUACGACAAGGCAUCAUGUUCAGCCAGCUGGCUAGGCAGGCAUGUGCUCAGCCAUGGAGGCAACAAGCCGUUCCCCUGCAUCGUCACUGGCUGCGGACAGAGGUUCAGCUCACAGAUCAUGCUAGAGAGACAUGUGAACCAACACUUCAACCAGUCGGAGCAGAGCAGCAGUAGCGGGUCCAGCAGCAAGCGCAGUCUAGAGUCAACACCCAACAAACUGUUCCGCCGCAAUGGCAAGAAGCUGCGGUACAGGAGACAACCUUACUCUGCGCGGAUGUUCGACUACAUAGACACAGGAAUGAUGGAGGGUGUGCAGCACUCUCUUCUCAACAUCUCCAAGUACCUGUCCUUUGGCAAUGUAGAGGACACUGCAGCCAACAGUGUCACCCUGCACAGCAAGAUAAUCGCCAAAAGGACGAGCAUGGAUGGAACACCCAGUGUUCUUCUGAGGUGGUUUCCCCUGAAUUUUGUAAGGGACGAGUGGGUGCCCGAGUCCAAGGUUCGUCAGACCCAGCAGGUCAGUUGGAGCAAGUGUGAGGAGCCCCAGGCAUGGAUGCAGCCCCCGCUGUUCCACCCCCGCCCAGGCCACAACAAGAGGAAACACACAUCCAGCCCUGCUAAGCGAUGAUACACUGUGUAAUUCCUAGUUACCUAAUUGUCUUAUCUAGUUUUGUCUGAUCUGUUGUUAAACCAACUCUUGAAAAUGCUCAGUUUCAAGUUGGGAUGAUUGGGAAAUUUGUUUAGGGGCUUUACAUUCGGGGCUCGAAGUGUAUUGUAGACAAAGUAAUCUUAUUUUCCUGCUGGGUUGGUGGAGAUUAAACUGUUCAAUUAAAAUAAAUCAUUUUUUCUUUAUUUUGUAUGAGAAUACAGUAGUUAAAUUUAUUUCUGAAGUCUUUCUGAAUGAGGUUUUCCAUCCUCUAACUAAAUUAUAUGAAUAUAGAUGUUUUAACGUUGGCUGGAUCAUAAAAAUAAAUGUUUAAACAAACAAUUAUUUACAACAGGGAUGUUUUUUAACUUGACACUGGUGUUGCACUUUUGUGUACUUCUAAUCUUGUGAUAGUUAUUUCCUUUAUUAGGCUGUGUUUAAUGUAAAACCUACUGUAAGCUGAGCAUUUUCAAAAGCGUCGCUCUUGUUAAUUGUACACAUUGUAAUUGAAUUUAUAUCGUACGUUAAUUUAUUUCCAAACUCGUUUUCAGUUUGGAGGCUCUUCCUAAAAUACUUGUAUUUAUUUGAUUUAGUUUUAAGGUUUUAGAGCUGAUAGACAGGUAACACUACUUGUCUGGUACCCCUCGUCGGUCUAUCCAAUGGUGCCGCGUUGUGUUCAUUUGUGUCUUUUAAUAUUUUUAAAUUUGUUAUUUUUACAUUUUAUGUAUUAGUAUUAAUGUUAGAAAUUUAGCGUCGGUUUUUAAAAUUAUAUAUUAAAUAUAGUUGAUUUAUUCAAGAACUGAUUUUCAUCUUAUUUUGUACUUUUAUGAUUACAGUACUUCAAAUUCUCUUCGGGAUAAGAAUAUUUUAGAACUUUCUGUGUAUUUGACUUUAAAUACUUAUUUCAUUGUCCUUGUUCCUUGAAUAUUCAUCACUGCCACAAUGGAUCGUGCACGGUGGUACAUUAUUGUGUGAAUUGCGUAACUAAACAUGUGAACCAGUAAAGUGCAAAGUAGUCAAGUUAUCUCAUGUUAGAUAUUUACAGUGUCUUAGGCUCAAAUUGUAAGCAUAAAUCCUAAAGUGUGUCAACUCUUCCAUACUAUGAAUGCCGAAUAGGCUCUGUGUAAAUUGUACUUUCUUAAAUUUAGAUUAGAACAUAUAGGGUCGUAGAAUAGUACAAAUAAAUUAUUGAAACAGUUAGUGUUGUCAUUACUCUGCAUCAUUUUGGACAUAAAGUUUUUGUUUCUCACUGGAAUAAUUUUGUAUGAAUACGCACAUUUAGGUCUUGUCAUUUGUCUGGGUUUUCACAGUAAUUUGUGUUUAGCAACAUCAGGGCUUUUAAAAUAAAAAUAAAAUCUGUACAGGUAUUUUGCUUGGGUGUCGAAGAUUGUCGUUUAAGACUAAAAAAAUCAAACAGAAAAGUCUAUUGAAUAAAUUAUGACUCGAGUGGACAAGUUUAAAAAUCAUUUAAAAAGUCAGUUGUCAAUGUUCUCACAUAUGGAAACAUUUUUCUCUUUCUUGCGGUGAUGGUGAAAUUAUUAAACCCUCUCUUGAAACAUGAGAGUUAGACUGUCCCGUGCCAACUUAGUUUAAGUCCAAACAUCAAAUUGACGACAAGACUGACUACUCAAAUUGGAUUCGUCAGAAUACUCGUAGAUUUAAUCGGUGUACACGGUUUAGAUAUGAGAAGCAUCGACUGUAAAUAUCGUAAGUAACUGUAUUGUAUUGUAAUGUAAGUAGAAAGAUCGGGAGAGCACAACCAGCUGAGGUGUUCACACUGCCAAUGUAUUGUAAUGUAUGUAUCUACGAUGGGACUGUAUCGUAUCGUAUUAGUGUUGUAAUUAUCGUUCAAUCGGAUUCUAUUCGCUAAGUAAUUCUCUACUUUUCGGAUCGAAGAGGCUUAUGUACAUAUAGGAAGUAAUACGGUACGGAGAUGUUAGUAUUAUAUUUAUUCGUAAGUUUUGUUUUAGGACUGAUUUGAUAAAUUGUAUCUAUUUUAUCUGUAUAGUAGCAAAAUACGGUUAAUUAUGUACGUGUGGUUGAAUUACAGUAAGCCAUUUCCUGGUAGGCUUAGGAUGUUUAGAGGUAAGGAUUGUAUGUUCGUUUGCGCCGGAUAAUAGAUUGUAAUCGGUGAAAUCUGUGAAAUCGUCGAGGUUCCACAACAAGUUUCGUCUUAUCGUAAAAUGCUUGACCGUUCACAGUUUGCGAACUCUAAUUGCAUGUCCGUUAUUGUACUCAUACCAAAUAAGUGCGGUAUUGUUGAUUAUAUAUUUAUAUAAAAAUUACAAUCUGUUACUGAGAGUCCUAACAUAACUGACUGUUGUGAAUAUAUAUUAGUAAAUGUUAAAUAAAAACAUUGAGGUUGUAGUGUAGAUAAUGUUUGCCGCGCUGAGCAUUUUACUGCGGAGAAACUUGUUUAUGGAACUUGCUGCUACUGAAAGACCGGAUCAGAUUGUCACUGCCAUUAUACUGUACUGCCUAACUUUACGUUCACUGCCAAUGUUUGUGUUGUACCUCCUCUCUAGAACUGGCCAACUAUCAAGUUUUCACUUUCACAUUCAUUAUCAUUUUUACUUGUAACUUGUAACAAUCAAAUGUUUAACUUUAAACUUUAAAUAAUAUUUUUCAUAUAAAAAAAAAAAACAUCUGAACAGUUUAGUUUACUGUCACCUUUUGCAGUUGUUGGAAAACUUGAAGCUUGCCCAGUUCUCAGUGAUUCUAGUGCCAUGGGCAGAUGUCAGCCGAUAUGCAAUAUUGUACACUCUUGGUCAUUGUCAUUACCUAUUGAUCUCUGCGGAUGUUUCCGCACCUGACGACUUGUAUUCUAAUUUAGUUUGUAAUUUAUGUAAUCUCCAUAACGAUCAGCACCUGUUUCCGAUCCCUAUUGUAUAAUUUAUUGUGUGCGAUUGAUUUCAAUCCUUUUAUUUUAAUGAUGUUAAUUAUAUAGUAUACAUGAUUUAAACCUUUUAUAUAACUAUGUUAAAUAUAAAUGAUUGACAUUGAACUGUCCUCUACCUUUUUUAUUCGCCCGGCUCUGUUGUAGCUUAAGUCUUAAAAAAGGUGAAAUACUCCAUAUGAGUUUAGUGCUUUAAAUGUCAGGGAUAUUUGGUAAAAGCCUUUGAGAGUAGUAUGUUUUAGUUUAAAAGCUGUUCAAUUUACAAGCAAAUACAUAUUUUGGCCUUACCCCUGUAAUUAAAAAUGGGGUUAGUUAACAAAUAUACAUUUUUACCAAUAAAUGUACAUGUGUUCAGUGUCUUAAAUCUUAUGCAAAAUUUCAAAGUGCGAGUUUCACCUAUUGUCUUUUGUCACAUUUGGGAAAUUUAUACUUAAACUUAUAUUAGACUUAUUGUUCCGAGUUUUAAAUACAAUCCAUGAUUUUUCAUACCUUAUGAUACUGACAAAUAUUGUUUGUAUCAGCUACUGUAAAGGGGAAAAAAAUAAUCAUACCAUUUAAUUUUAAUUUUACUGUGUUUCAAAUUAAAAAAGGGAUUUUAAUCCACUGUUUGAUUUUCAAAUCAAUGCUGUAGUACAUCUAUUAAUCAUGCUGGGGUUUUUAUUUUAUUUUUCAGUUAAGAUUUUGGGUCUGCAAGUUAUUGUCAGAAUUUCAAAAAUCAGAUGUAGGUUACUUCAAAAAAGAUUAUAAAAGUAAAUUUCGUUCCUUGUUGAAAAUAAUAUGGUUUUGUACCCACCAAAGAACUCAUCAUAUUUUUACAAUUAUCAGAUCCACCUUGUUUCAUAACAGUAAGAUAUUCCCACUCCAAUAAAAUAUUACCAGAGUUGUAGGUCACUCUUUUAGACCAAUCUAUUGCCUACUGCUCGUUGUGUAUCAAAUCUUUGCAUUCUUUUUUAAUAAAUUAUUCCCAAGUGCUCUUAUUUUGAUUUAUUUUACUUCAAAAUUAUACAUUUAAAAGUAUUAAACAGCACGAUUAAUUCUCAAUUAAAAAAAUAUAUAUUUUCAAUUGUUGAAUCUUAAAUUUGAAUGUAAUUUAGGAGGAAUAUUCUAAAUUUGUAAAAAAUUGUCAAGACAUUUUUAUGCUUGGUAGUUGUAAAAUAAAAUUGAUCAAUUUAAAUGUUGUGUUGUAUAAGCUAAAUAUAGCCAUGACAAUGCCGUUUCAUUUUUUUAUGUCAAAUUAAUAUCCUAUGUAGCUGUGUCAAAAUAAAAAAAAUAUGACAUUAAAAUGUUUCUAACGUCAGUCAUGAAGACCCAUUGACGCUAACUCGUGUGUGUAGCCAUCCCUGUUUUUUUUUUUCAGUGGGGUGGAUUUACUGCUAAUCUAAUUGAUUAGUUCGAUGAAUCUAACCUACAAGUGCUAGUGACGUCAUAUGCUUAUAGUAGCAACUGACCUGUAUGGCCGUCGGUGGCAUGGUAACUCAGUUGGCUAAGGCGUUGCAUUGGGGUCUUUCUAGAUGUGUGGGUUUGAAUCCCAUAAUGGGGUUAGUUGUUGUGAAGGUCCGGUGUCCAGCUUUGGUGGAAAUUGACAGCAUUAGUGAGUUUAAAUAACUGUUUUGCUUCUUGUCAUAUUGGUAUAGAGGAGGAGGGACACAGAUUUAGCUUUUUGGCUUUUAUUUCGGUUAAACAUGGCCAUCGUGUUGAAAUACACAUAUGAUAAAAUACAUAUAGGGACGUAACAUAAAACAAAUUAUUAAUAGAGAAAUAAACAAAUAAUUUGGCGUCAAUGGGUCCUGAUGAAAGGAUAUUACCAUGCAAAUUAUGUUUUCUUACAUGUUCAAUUGUCAAAUAUGGCUCAGGAACUGAAUUUACAUUUGCUAAUAAUUUAUUUGAAAUUAAAAGGAUGUCUUCAACUGAAGAAAUAAGUUUUCCUGCUAUGAAGCUACAAGAAAUUAUUUAUUAUUUGGGAAAACACUUUAAAAAUGUCUGACAAUAUCAUGAUUAUAUGACCCAAAAACACUUGCCACCACUUGGUUUGUUAUCAUGGACAUUUCAUCCUGGUUUUGUUUACAUUUAUUUCCUUUUCAUGAAAUGAGUAUACCUCAUAAAGAUAAUCAGUGUAUAGACAGUAAGUUGUUACUAACAUACGAUAACUGGAGACCAAUACCGUUUAGAAUACAGUUAAUAUUUUUUACUGUGUAAAACCUUUAUCGAUGAGUUUAAUUUUAUCUGCCUAUGCAGUUGAUUUACUUAAUUUCUUUAGAUCUUUUGUUCGCUAAGUUCUGUUUACAGUACCCGUCCCAAUUUUCAUUACGAUUUCCAUCGGAAUUGUUUAUUUGGAUCUCUAUAUUGUUUUUAUUAUUUGUGUGUUAUUUAAUUAUUAAUGUAUAUAUUUAUAAAUAAUAAUUUUAUUUUUAGUAAGUAGUCAGAAAUUGUGACACAAUUUCAAUGUAUCAAGAUUUAAAUAAAUU